UUAGGAUUCGCACUUUAAUUUCUUGCUAUAAGUAUUUACUCUGAUGGGCCUGCUGAUAUCAAGGAUAGGUGGGGCGUGAGGAACUGGAAUAGAAGGCCGUCAAAAUCGGGUGAAUGCAGACUGGAAAAGCAUUGCAAGAGUAGCUGUCACGCAGUUGAACCUUCGUUUCCCCAAAGUCGGUGCUAACUGCACAGAUACAAAAUCCAUUUAGAGGUUGGGGGGGGGGGAGUUUUGUCGUUUUAAUCUGCGCAUGGAUCUCUCAAAGCAAGAAACAAACCAGAAAAAAGCCCCUAAAACAAUGGCAAAGAAGGAAACCGAAGUGUUCCAAUUCGUUGUUUACAAUACCAUGACUCAGCAAAAAGAGGUCUUCAAGCCCAAAACCCCUGGAAAAGUUUGCAUGUAUGUCUGCGGUGUCACUGCCUACGAUUUCAGCCACCUCGGCCAUGCUCGUGCUGCCGUUGCCUUUGAUGUCCUUUACAGGUACUUACAACACUUGGGCUAUGAGGUUACUUAUGUGCGGAAUUUUACUGAUGUUGAUGAUAAGAUAAUUCGUCGGGCUAAUGAGACUGGAGAAGAUCCUUUAAGUUUGAGUGACCGAUACUGUAAAGAAUAUAAUGUAGAUAUGGCUGAUUUACAGUGUCUUUCUCCAACACAUGAGCCGCGUGUGUCUGACCACAUUGAGCAGAUCAAAGAUAUGAUAACUCAGAUUAUAAACAAAGACUUUGGAUAUGCGGUUGAUGGGGAUGUGUUUUUCGCUGUUGAUAAAUUCCCAAAUUAUGGCAAGUUAUCUGGGCAGAAGAUGGAAAAUAAUAGAGCUGGUGAACGUGUUACUGUUGACUCAAGGAAGCGUAAUCCUUUUGACUUUGCAUUAUGGAAGGCUGCAAAGCCAGGUGAGCCAUACUGGUACAGUCCAUGGGGACAUGGACGACCUGGGUGGCAUAUAGAAUGCAGUGCAAUGAGUGCACAUUAUUUAAGCUUCAAAUUUGACAUUCAUGGUGGUGGGCUUGAUUUGAUUUUCCCACACCAUGAGAAUGAGAUCGCUCAAAGUUGCGCUGCAUGCCAAGAGAGUGACGUGAGUUAUUGGAUGCACAAUGGGCAUGUUACCAAUAACAAUGAGAAGAUGUCAAAAUCUUUAGGUAACUUUUUCACAAUUCGCCAGAUUACUGAGAGAUAUCAUCCACUGGCUUUGAGAUACUUCUUGAUAAACGCACACUACCGUUCUCCUCUCAAUUAUUCUGUUCUGCAGCUGGAAGGUGCAUCAGAAGCUGUAUUUUAUAUAUAUCAGACUUUGAAAGAUUGUCAAGAUGCUUUAUUACAACUACAAGCAGAAAGCCCCGAGAAUGGCAAAUCAGCCCGUGCUACUCCAGAUGCCCAGGAAUGCAUUAGCAAGCUACGCAGUGAGUUCCAGGCUAAAAUGUCAGAUGACUUGAGCACUUCACUUAUACUGACUGGGGCCUUUCUAGAAGCACUGAAGUUAGUAAAUAAUUUGUUGAUGGUGCUAAAGAAGAAGCAACAAAAGCAACAAAGAUUAUUGGUAAUUCAAUCCCUUAUGGAAGUUGAGAAAGAAGUAAAGAAAGUAUUGGAUGUUCUUGGAUUGCAGCCACCAUACUCUUAUACUGAGGUUUUGCUACAACUAAAGGAGAAAGCAUUAACAAGAGCAGGUUUGGUGGAAGAUGAUGUGGUGCGUCUAAUUAAUGAAAGAGCAGAAGUGAGGAGAAACAAAGAUUUCUUGAAAAGUGAUCAGAUGAGAGCUGAUUUGCAAGCAAAUGGCAUUGCACUAAUGGAUGUAGGCACAGAAACGAUCUGGAGACCGUGUGUUCCUGUUCAACAAGAAUCGGAAGUAGUGGCAUCAGAAGGGCAGAAGGUGCUUGCUGAAACUGCUGCACAAGCAAAGAAUGCAUCAUCUCUUGAUUCAAGUUGAUGGACCAAGCAUGCUGUCAUACUAUUUGCUGGGAUCAAGACAGUGCAUGGACAUUUUUGAUUCAUAACUUGUAUUUCCUAUUUGACCCUAUAAAGCUGCAGUGAAGAGUGUCUUAAAUUUGGAUUGAUGCCCUUUGGCUGCACAGACAUAAGAAAGUAAGCCAGAUUUUAUUUUUUGAGAAAAUACAAGAUAGGAAUGAACUGAAAAA